UCAGAUGAAAAUGAACACGAAACCCUUUUCUUGAAGAAUAAUGCUCAAGAAGAGAGAGAACUCAUCAGUUACAGUCAAGAGCUCAGGCAAUAACAUUGUAGCUAGAAGUUUUAGAACCAGACAAAGAACUAGCAGAGCUCAUGGGCUUAAUCUUAAAUUCCUCAAAAAUCAUAAGGCACUGAGUAAACAUCCUCGGAGCAAUAUGAGUGAAAUUAUGACUGCUUCAAAAUAAGAGCGCUCAUUUCAAAAUCUUCAAAUUUGACUAUUCUAGUGCAAGAAAUAGGAAACCAUCUGUAAAUCUUAAAUAAAGAUGGAGGUUCUAAACAUAAAGGAAGAAACUAUGGUCAUAAGACUAUCCAGGAAGAUUAUGAUAGAGAAGAUAUCUUUCUACCCUAUAACGAGACAUUCCAACUCAGAGAUUACCUCGAGUAUGAAAGCGAGGAGGAGCCUCAGCCCCAAACCACAAGACUAGAACUUGAGGAAAUGAACCUAGCCUUGCCUUCUCAUUGGUAGCAAA